AUGCCAGCCUUUCGCGAAGCUCUGUCCGCCGCAUCGCGAUCAGACUUCUUUCCUUCCACACCCCUGCCGGUGCAGACGCAGCAACAACAGCAUGCUGGGCCAACUCACCUCAAGAAAUAUUCUCAACCUCCCACGCCCGAACCCGAGAAGAACAAUAGCCACCACGAUCACCACCGCAACAAUACCAGCAGCAACAAUACCUCCCGCCAGGCACGCCGACCGUCACCAGGCCUCGCCGCACGAUUAAAAGCGCUGGGCUUUGGCAGCAACUCAUCCAAAUCCAAAACACCCUCCCUCUCACCAGACGUCGGCCGCAUCCCAGAAGAUCAACUCCGACACCUCGACCACAUCCACCGCGCACAAUCCCUCAAUUCUGGAGUUGUCCCACGCAGAGGCCGAGCCUGGAGCGGGGGAAGCGGCCACCUAACACCGCAGCUCACAGGCGGCAGCUUUCACGAACCAUUCAGCAUUGGCGAGGAAAUUGCACGCGUUUUCGAGGGAGGCAGUCAAGAGGACUCCUCCGUCGCGGGCUCUGGCGACAGGAUGGCGACGCGUGGCGACCUGGACACGCAGAAAUACAGAUUGCCGGAACACACGAAUGGGAAUGGGACGAAGGCUAUGUCGGAGACGAAGAGGGCUCAUUUCGAGAGAGAGCAGAGCAUGCCUGAUGAGUUAGAGAUCCCGCCGCCGCCGAUUUCGAAGGAUCCCCCGACGGGUGCGACGACGCCUUCUGAGGCUUCGGGAGAUGCGGCGUCGUAUUUUAAUCCGUUUGGGUUGCAGCGUACGGGGUCGAUAUAUACGCUGUCGAGGGUCUCGUUUGCUAAUCAGCUUGCUCAAUUGACUUCUUUGCAGUUGCCUGAUGCCGAGUCGCUGUCAACUAAGGUCUCUGCGAUACCCAACUCCAAGUCGGCGUCGAAAGCGUUGAUGGGAGCGGCGGAGCAGAUACGGAGUUGGAUACAAAAGGCGUCCGAGGUCAUUAAUGGCUUAGACGGGGACGACGAUGUCGAGUGGGCAGCAGCGGGCGGGAGAGAGGGAUUGGCAGAAGUCGACAAUGCUAUCUCACGUUUUGAGGAGCUCAUCAAUGUUUAUGUCUCGGCGAUUGAGUCGUUGCAGAACCGACCAGACAUUGCUACGGUACCUGGCGAGGAACUCAAACGUGUUGUGCUACAAGUCGAGACGAUAUUGAAGGAAUGGGAGAAGAUCAGGAAGACUUUGAAGGGUGUCAAGAACUCGGUCGAGAUUGCAAUGGAGUGGGAAGAGCUUUGGAAUACAGUGCUUGGAGACAUUGGCAAUGAGAUGGAUAUUCUUUCACGAUUAGUAUUCGAGAUGGAGGAGAAACGACACAAAACCCUAUUGGAGGAAGCUGGUGGAGAUCUCGAUAUUAACGAAUUGAAGACCAUAGUCGAAGAGACACCGCCUUCGAAGCGAUCGCAGGCCAACAAUCGAUACAGCAUAACUGCCUUCCCGAUGAGUCCGGGCUCACCGAACACACCGACUACAUCUAUGGCUCCAGACGACUCGAGCUUGCUUGCUUUGUUUGCAAGAAUGCAACCGUUACGAGCCUCGUUGGACUUUCUGCCCAUGCGACUAUCUUCUUUUCACAGUCGAGCCGACAACAUAUUUCCUACCGCUUGCGAGGAAUUGGAAACAAGACGAGAAUCGCUGGAGAAGAGUUAUACGAGUCUUGAGAAAGAUGCUCAGUCUUUACGACACGAAAUUGGAGAAGACAAAUGGGUUUUGAUCUUCCGAGGUGCCAGCCGCAAGAAUCAGAAAAUGUACGAGUCAGUCGAACGAAGCGUGAUGAAGCUUAAGGCAGCAGUUGAAACAGGCUUGCACUUGAAUAACCCAGCUACUAUGGGGAAACAGAUUGAGAGCUACGAAUCAAAGAAGACGCAUUAUGGUCCUGCUAUUGAGCAGGUUCUGUUUAUCAUCGAGAAUGGAGUCAAGGACCGGUCCACUGUUAAUGGAGAGAUUCUGCGGCUGCAUUCUGAUAUGCAAGGCAAGUGGAAUAAUUUGAAAGAGCAGAUGGCGGAGUUGGACGUGAGUCUUGAGGAAAUUCAGGCAGAUAAGAGGAAUCAACAGCUUCGAGAUUCAAUCUCAAGUAUGGUCUCGAAUGAUCGAUCGACUAUUGGAAGUUUCAACGAUACUCCUGGAAGUUCACCUGCUUCCUCUGUCAUCAUGACUGGCUUAAAUGGUGGACUGGAUCCUCAUACUCCGCUCAAGAACGGCAAGCUUCGCACAAAAGCGACUUCACGAUCUAGUGAACGAAGAACUCCUACCGUUCCAUCAGCACAACUACCUCAGCGAGCUGGUCUUACUCGUCUCUCAAAUCAAACCCAGGCUUCAGUAGCACGCUCAACACCUUCUCCUAGAUCCCUUAGCAGAGUUGGAAAUUCAACCCCAUCCCUAAUUUCUAGACCUUCUGCAUCGAGCUCCAACCUGGACGCCAGACCUCGUUGGAACGCCAGUGUAAAUACCAAAGACACAAUCAUCGGCCAUAACUUCAAGCCUUUGAGUUUAACAACACCGAGUCCACACGCCAAGACAACACCAACACUCGCAAAUCGCUUGUCAAACUCCCAGGAUUCAAAGAUACCACUUCGCUCACCUCUCAGUCGAGAUAACACCGCCUCACCCGCCCCCGAAACAACACCUUCUCGCACUUCCACCUCCCGUCUAGCAUUCCGAAGUCACAUCUCCAGUCCAGGACCCUACUCCCAACUCACCCUCUCGAAACCCCCGUCCGCUUCCCGCCCCAAAGUCCUACAAUCUCAAUCCUCCAUGUCCGCCCUAACCAACUCCGCAACUAACCGACGUGCCUCUAUGCAACCUCAAUCCUCAGACCCAACGUCCUUCAGCAGCCCGCUGGCUAAACCAACUCGUCCUGCAAGUUCACUGGCGACGAAUCGUCGGGUCAGUCUGCUGCCGCAGCCGAGAGGCAGGACUGGCUCGGGGGUCACGGGCAGGGAGAGUCCUGUAGCGGUUGCGGGCGCGGCGAAUGCGAUGAGGAGGGUUAGUGAGAAUCGGGAUGCGAAGAGGGAGGUGGGGAAGAAGGCUUGGAGGUGA